GCACGGCAUUUGGGGGUCCCACGAGAAAACCACGAAUAUAAAAAAAUAAAAAAAUAAAAAGGCAAAAGCGCUGGCGUAGAGGCUUCACGUGGUCUCCUAGAGGAAGCAACCUCGACCCAACCCAGAAACCCAGCUUGCUGAACUCAUAUAUAUGAUACGAUAUGAUAUAUGGAUAGGUAGCUUUCAAAAUUUUAAUAAUUAAUCUCUGUUUCUGCAUGAUAUAUAUCUUAUAUCUUAUCCUCCCAUGGAGAAUAUGAAUACUGAAAGCAAGAACAACAACAAGAGGAAAAAUAUUAGCCAUGCUGCUGCUGUUGAUCAUACAGUACUUGAUGAUGAUGAUGAUGAAGAGAAGAAGAUUGACAAGUUCUUUGCUCUGGUCAACCGCAUUCGAGAGGCUCGUGACCUUCUCAGCAGCAAUUACGGGGCUGCAGGAGCAGGAGGAGUGAAGGAAACCAAAAACUACUACUUAGACAAUGACAACAACAAGAGAAGGAAGAACAAGCAGGUUCAGAAUGAUCAGGAGGAACAAUAUCAUCCUAUGCCCACACCAAUGAAGCCUUGGAAGCCAUUGUUUCAACUUGAGGACUUCAUGGAUCAUGAACACCUGCUUCCCUUUAAUGUUCCUCCUCCUACCACCUUUGGGAGUUCUUCUUCCCCAAAUGUUCCGCCCCAGAAACAAGACAGUGCCGAGGAAGGCUUAGAUCUUAGGCUUUCUCUGUAGCCAAAAACAAUAUGUCUCUUGUUAUAUGUUAUCUAUGUUGUUGAUUAGAUGUAUUUGAUGGGAAUUCCAAUCUAUGAAAUUAACUAUAUAUACAUAGUCUAUUAUAUUUUGCACCCAA